AUGAUUUCAAUCAACGACAGAAAAUUCCUGACGGAGGCGCUCAAGGUCAGCAAGCGACUCGACGGACGCAGCAUGGAGGAGCAGCGCCCCAUGGAGGUGACAUUCGGGUCGCAGUUUGGCCAUGUGGAACUCACCAUGGGAAAAACCAAGGUGGUGGUUCGUAUCUCGGCAGAAAUCACAAAGCCGAACGAGCGACGGCCCUUCGAGGGCAUCUUUGUCGUGCACACGGAUAUCGGGUCGAUGGCAUCCCCGAUAUUCGAAAACAACCACCAGAGCGAGCAGGAGAUCAUGAUUUCGCAGGUGGUGGAGAAGGCUGUGCGUCGAAGCGGAGCUCUGGAUCUCGAGUCCCUGUGUAUUGUGGCAGGCAAGAAGUGCUGGGAGAUUCGGGCGGACGUGCACUACCUGGACUUUGAUGGCGGACUUGUAGACGCCACUUGUGCCGCUGUUAUGGCAGGUCUGUACCAUUUCAAGAAGCCCGACGUGGAUGUGGAUGGCGGAGCUGUGACCGUGUGUGACAUGGAGGAACGCCAUCCCGUGGCUCUGAGUGUGCUUCAUCUACCUGUUUCUGUAACCUACGGCCUGUUUGAGCUCAAGAACGACGAGACCAACGAAGUUGAAAAGGUGGAGUGUGUUUUGGACUGCACUGCCAUCGAGAGACAGGUUCAGAAUGCCGAAAUCACAAUCACAAUCAACAAAAACAGAGACAUUUGCCAGAUUAGCAAACCCAGUGGAGUGUCGAUCGAGGGCUACCGAAUAGUCGAGCUGUGUGAAAAGGCAUUCCAGGAGGCGCUCAAGGUGACUGAGAUGAUUGACAAGGCGCUGAAGGAGGACGAGGAGAUGCGAAACAAGGGAAAUUGGAAGGCCUUGUUGAGUGCUGAGAACGACCGAUACGAGAAGUAA